AUGGCUCCCAGCGCCACCCUCACAACAACACUCACAGCCACCCCAUCCUCACAUCAUGCCUACGCAGACCCCGACGCCCUCCGCACCGCCUUCACCCUCGCCAUGUCCUCCAUGUACAAAUCCGAAGUCCCCCUCUACGGCGACCUCAUCCACAUCGUCAACGCCGUCAACGCAUCAACCCGCACCGCCGACCUCGACCCGCGCGUGCUCGCCAUGCGCCACGGCAACGUCGCUUCUUCAAGAUUAGACAUUGAACGGCACGGCGCAAUCAGACUCGGCACUCCUUACGAGCUACGCACCGUGAGCCGCAUUUUCGCUGUUAUUGGCUUGUACCCCGUUGGAUAUUACGAUCUUGCUGCGGCGGGACUACCCAUGCACGCAACGUGUUUCCGUCCACGCAGCACCGCAUCCUUAAAGAAGAACCCCUUUCGGGUAUUCACCUCUUUACUUCGUCCAGAACUCAUCCGUGACGAAAAAGCUCGCUCUCUGGCCUUGAACCUACUCUCCAAGCGCAACAUCUUCACCGCAGAGCUCAUCACCCUCCUCGACAUCGCCGACAAGCAAAACGGCAGACUCACCAUCGACCAAGGCACCCGCUUUGUCAUCCAAGCCAUGGAAACAUUCCGCUGGCACGGCACCGCCGCCUCUUCACACGAAGACUACCAGCUUCUCAAAAGAGAACACCAGAUCCUCGCAGACAUAGCAUGUUUCCGUAGCGCGCAUAUCAACCACCUCACGCCCCGUACGCUGGACAUCUCCGCCGCGCAGCAAAAGAUGAAAUCACAGGGUCUAAAAGUAAAAGACCGGAUUGAAGGCCCUCCCGCGAGAAACUGCCCUAUUCUUCUCCGGCAGACAAGUUUCUUAGCUAUUGAAGAGCCCGUGCAGUUCUUCACCGCGCAGGGGUCUCAGUCAAAAUUCGUGUCUGGCUCUCAUAAAGCGCGGUUUGGCGAAAUCGAAGAGCGCGGCGCGGCAGUGACUCUUGCUGGGAGACAAUUAUACGACGAGUUAUUGAAUAAAGCGAUGGCAGCUGCGGAAUCAAGUUCUCAGAAAUGCACACCCGAAGAGCUGGAUAGACAAGUCGAAGUUGCGUUUCAGAAAUACCCCGAUGAUUGGAAAACACUACGAGCACGGAAACUCGUCUACUUUACAUACAGCGUUGCAAAUAGACAUUUUCCAGAGAUAUAUGACGACUCAUCAUUCACAUUAGAGCAUCUCAUCCUGCAGGGCAUCGUCGACAUUACCCCAAUCACAUAUGAAGAUUUCCUGCCCUUGUCGGCCGCAGGCAUUUUCCGAUCCAAUCUCGGGACUCAGGCUUCGUCCGCAUCUGUCAAUGCGCUGUCCAAUGAGGCUGGGAUGGAAGAAGCGCUAGGAGCGAAAUUGAGUAGCUCGGAUGAAUUGUACAAGGCUAUGGAGGUUGAGAGCAUUAGGAAAUGUGAAACUGAGCUGGGGAUUAAGAUCAUUGUGUGA